ACCUCGAACCCCGCCGCAGACCCGAUCGAGCUGGAAGACGAUACCACUUUCGCCUCCCUCGGCCUCAUCCCCGAACUCGUCAAAGCGACAACCUCGCUCUCGUUUACCAAACCCACUCCUAUCCAAGCUCGUUCUCUCCCCCCGGCAUUAGCUGGGAAGGAUAUCAUCGGACUAGCCCAGACGGGGUCGGGGAAGACGGCAGCUUUCCUCCUCCCCAUCCUCCAAUCCCUCUUUACCUCGGACUCUCCUUCUCCGUUUUACGCAUUGGUCUUGGCUCCAACAAGGGAACUGGCUUACCAGAUCGACCAGACGCUGAAAGGUUUGGGAGCGGGGAUAGGGGUGAGGAGCACGGUACUCGUCGGAGGGAUGGAUAUGAUGCAACAGAGCGUAUCGUUGGGAAAGAGACCGCAUGUGAUCGUGGCUACCCCGGGGAGGUUGAUGGAUCAUCUGGAGAAUACGAAAGGGUUCUCGUUGAGGAACCUCAAGUACUUGGUCAUGGACGAAGCCGACCGUCUCCUCGACCUCGACUUUGGACCCAUCUUGGACAAGAUCCUCAAGGUCAUCCCGAAGGACGAACGACGGACCUACUUGUUCUCGGCGACGAUGACGACCAAGGUGGCCAAGCUACAGAGGGCUAGUUUGAAGGAUCCGGUCAGGGUCGAGGUCUCCAGCAAGUACUCCACCGUAGAGACGUUGCUGCAAUACUACCUCCUCCUCCCCCUGAAACAAAAAGACGCCCACCUCGUCUACCUGACCAACGAGCUCUCCUCGUCGAGCACCAUCAUCUUUACCCGGACCGUCGCCGAUGCCCAGAGGCUGAGCAUCAUUCUCAGGUUGCUUGGGUUCCCGGCGAUCCCGCUGCACGGGCAGUUGAGUCAGAGUUCGAGGUUGGGAGCUUUGAACAAGUUCAAGAGUGGCGGGAGGAAGAUCUUGGUGGCGACCGAUGUGGCUGCGAGAGGUCUCGAUAUUCCCCUGGUCGACCUGGUCAUCAACUACGAUAUCCCCACCCAUUCGAAAGAAUACAUCCAUCGGGUCGGUCGUACGGCCCGUGCAGGUCGAGCGGGGAAAGCCAUCACGCUCGUCUCGCAAUACGACGUCGAGCUCUUGCAGCGCAUCGAGGGCGUCCUGGGCAAGAAGAUGGACGGGUAUUCGGUCGACAAGGAGUCGGUGGCCGUGCUCGGAGAGAGGGUUUCGCAGGCGGCGAGGGAGGCGGCGAUGGAGAUGAGGGAACAGGGCAAGGCUGGGCAUGGCGGGAAGCGGGGGAGAGAGUAUGCGGGAGGUGCGGGGGACGACGCCGAUCGAGAUGACGAUGUGAGGGAGGCUGGGAUGGCGUACAAGAAGCAGAGG